AUGCAGCAAAUAACUCCGCUCCGACAGACGCACUGGUCUGGGGUUCAGGUACAGCCUAGUCUUAGUGUCCAGGAGGGUUACAGGUACCAGGUACUACGCUGGUACGGUGUACUCACUAAACCAAAGUUAUCCUCUCUCUCUCUCUCUUUGCCUUCGCCCUGUCAGAUAGCUCCAACUUUACUUCCUAUUCACCCUCCUCCCCGUGUCACUUUCCGCGGCAAUAGUCACUCCACUAGUCGGCUUAUUGCCACCGUGCGUGAUGCACGCUCGUCUAUUAGAGUUAACGGAUUGCUAUUCAUCCCAAAAGAUCUACCACAUGCGAGUCAAUAUACAGAAAGAGGCCCGGAGGCCCUCUGCCGAGUCAGAACCGCUAAUGCACGAUCUGCAUUCGCAGAUUGUCCGGCCGUCGAAGCAAUGCCCACGUUUUCCGGGAACUACAAGAAUAGUUUCAUCGAUCAUGCAGGGGCAUGGAGCUAUGCGCCCUUCUUCUCCGUCCAUGUCGGUGCCCUUUCGCUACCCCCGAUUCAGUCGGAUUGCAGGCGUAGUUGCAUACAAGUAUCCACAGAACAGUCGAACCAUUGUCAUUUCACUCAAGUAAUUUACCCACUAUCUUCCCACCUGCAGCCACGAGACAGGCGGCGUUCGCCUUCCAAUCGGUCUCGCAGCCACAUUGGUGGUCCACUCGAAGAUAGAGGGCGGGAGAAAGGAAAAGAACCAUGUGCAUCAGAAUCCGAAGACUUCCGCCACCCGACCACAGACCCUGAACGGCCUGCAGAGCAAAAGAACAUGGACAAGAAUAUUGCACAAUUUCGGGGACCAAAAACCCAGGGUAACAUAAUUUGGUCGGAACACAUCAGCAAGAGAGAAAAGGACGCGGACACAGUCAAGAAGAAUCACAGAAGAGGAAGAUCACAAGAAUCAUAG